AUGGCCUUCCCAUAUAAGAAUUUCUUGGUUAUCGGCGCGAUAGCUGGAAUCGGCAGAGCUCUCACAGCCCGCCUGGUAGAGUCGGGUGCUAAAGUGACUGCUGUAGGUCGGCGACAGAACCGUCUGGAUGAGUUCGUGCAGACCGUCGGUGCUGCGAAUGCAAAAAGCGAGCUGUUUGACAUUGGCGAGCUUGAUCAAAUUCCGGAAUUCGCUGUAAGAGCGAUGAAAGAAUCGCCAGAUAUUGAUUCUAUUGUGUUGAAUGCUGGUAUACAAAACAUAUAUGACCUGGCGGAUGCGGAAAAUUUUGAUCUAGCAGCGUUCUAUCAGGAAAUAAAGAUCAACUUUUCCAGCUUUAUCUCCCUGACCUAUGCCUUUUUGCUAUAUCUUCAGAUGAAUCCGAACCCAACUAGCUUCAUUUUUACCGGCUCAAACUUGGCUAUUAUACCUGCCGAAUUACAUGACUACACGGGCGAGGAAGCAGGUCGCACCGUGGGUAUGCCUUUAGAUAUAUUUAUUCAAGAUCAAAUUGUGAUUGGUAGUAUUGGGCCAGCAGAAAUUUUUAACGGAAUUGUGGACAACCGCGGUAUUGCCUUUGAGAACCUCGCAAAAAUUAUGCGUGGUGAAAACCGUAAAUAG